AUGGCCAGUGACAAACAGCGAUCAUGUUCCAGUCCUAUUUAUUGUGAAGGUGAACUUUUGCACUUGGUACAAACAGCAAAAAUCUUCAACGACUCCAAAACCUUUGUGGACAUGGCCAUGAAACAUCCUGUGAAUGAAACCCUGGAACAUUUUGACAGAUUUAUGAGAAAAACCGAUCACAAACCCACCCAGCGAGAAAUUGGCGAUUUCGUUUACGAAAAUUUUCACACGGUUGGCGAAAUGGAAGAUUUUUAUCCGAGAGACUGGAGAGCUGAACCUAAAUUCGUUAAGGAAGUUGACGAUCCAAUUAUUAGAUCGUUUUUGACUAAAUUAAUCGCCAUUUGGCCUCAAUUAGCCAGAAAAAUUUCGCAGCACGUUUUUGAUAGGCCUGAUACGUUUUCCCUCAUUCCUGUACCACACGCUUUUAUAAUACCAGGAGGAAGAUUUAAGGAAUUUUAUUAUUGGGAUUCUUAUUGGAUUUUAAAAGGUUUACUUCUUAGCGACAUGAAAGAAACUGCAAAGGGUGUACUAGAUAAUUUCAUACACAUGAUUAUUACGUUUGGUUUUAUUCCAAACGGAGGCAGAAUAUAUUAUUUGAGCAGAUCCCAACCUCCAGUUUUGAGUUUAAUGAUGAAAGAUUACGUGAAAUAUACAAAAGAUUUUAGUUAUUUACGACAAAACGUUCAAUAUUUAGGAACAGAAUUGCAUUUCUGGCUCAGAAGACGUGUCAGUAAAAUAGUAAAAGGCGGCGAAGAAUAUAAACUGUGCCAUUAUGACUCGGAAAGCGAUAGUCCGAGACCCGAGUCUUAUUUAGAAGACUUGGAAACUUGCUUUGUUUAUAAUACUACUGAAGGUCAACACGAGUGCUAUACAGACCUUAAGAGUGGCGCUGAAAGUGGCUGGGAUUUUAGUUCUAGAUGGCUCUUUGAGGACAAUGGAGACCCAAGUGACGAUUUAGCUAAAAUCAGCACCAGAAGAAAUAUUCCUGUGGACUUAAAUUCGUUUUUAUAUAAAUCGUUUAAGGUGAUGCAUUAUUUUCAUGCUACGCUGAGACAAGCUGCAGAUGCUAAAUAUUGGAAGGACCUAGCAGAAUUAUGGAAAUAUAACAUAGAAAAAGUUUUGUAUUCGCCAGAAGACGGGAUUUGGUACGAUUAUGAUUUCAAAUUAGAUAGACACAGAAAAUAUUUCUCUGCUAGUAAUUUUGCUCCGCUAUGGGCCGAAGCUAUGGACGACGAUGUUCAAAAAGAACGUGGGAAUAAUGCAGUACAAUACUUAAAAAGACACGGGAUCUUGAAUUAUUAUGGGGUACCUUCAACGCUAUUCACAAGUGGACUACAAUGGGAUUUUCCCAACGUCUGGUCUCCAUAUCAGAAUAUGAUUAUAUUUGGUUUGGAAAGGUCAGGAGACGAAGAAGCUCAAGAAGUCGCCAAAAUUUUAGCUCAUCGAUGGGUACAGUCGAAUAUAAAAGCUUUCGACGAGAAUAAGGUGAUGUUUGAAAAAUAUAGUGCGCAUGCAAGUGGGGCAUUUGGAGGUGGAGGAGAGUAUCAUAUUCAAGCUGGCUUUGGAUGGACUAAUGGGGCUAUCAUGGAGAUUAUUGAUUAUUACUUUAGAUAUAAGAAAAGGAAGCAUAUUAGUUUGCAGGAUUGA